AUGGCCACCCGUCGCGGGGCGUCGAAGGAGACACAGCCCGAGAUAUCAAGCCCCAGACCUUCGCAGCCAACUGGUCCAGAAUUCAGACAACUUCCGGGUGGAGUCCUAUGGAAGUUCAUUCUGUACUCUGUCCUGGUCGUCUGCUGCCCUCUCGGAACAUACUAUGGGACCUUAAAUAGGGUGUUUGAGGGGAAUAGCACGUAUGCCGGCGCCGCAGCGGCUGGAGCAGCCAACAUAGUCCUCAUCGUGUACAUCAUUUUCGCCAUCCGGGAAGACAACGAGAUCGAGAAGAAGGCAGAAGAGGAGUUUAAGAAGAAUAGAUAA